AUGAGCACUUCCCGUCAGCAGGCCGUGCCACUCCCCGCUCAUGCCUCAGAAGUAUCAACCAGCACAUCAUCUCCCGCACAGAAGAAUGCGCGCGCACCCUAUCCCGAUAUGUUAGGUACUCCGCCGGUUCCUCCCCCGAGGACCUCUUCCACCCAUCACAGCCGCCGCAGUCCAAAUGGAACCUCUACAGAUAAAACGAGUAGCUCUCGCCAAGGAAAGAGCAGGUCGGAUCGAAAAGAAAGUCGUGAUCGCACGCGCGAUGACCGAAAUGGCAGAUCACGGAGGCACCAGCCUGAGGAGACAUCUCGCGAAGUGCAACAAUCAAGAACCGUACCCGUCACAAAACCCACCGAGGCAGAAAUCGACAGUGUCCAUGGCCAGGGGAACUUUGUAAAAGAACCAAGUGCGGAAGCCAAUUCUGUGCUGGCCCAUGACCAUCUUAUCGACCAAGAGAGAGAACAGGUGCGACCAGCUGGCACAGAAAAUGCAUCUUCAUCCGGAUUCAGUGCAGCUACAGCCGACGGUACAGAGGAGGCUCGUGGGCCUCGAAGUCGCCACGAUUACAAUAAUGGAAACGUUAUCAAGCGCAAGGAAACCACGUUUGGCUCGUACAUUCUUGGUCAAACCCUCGGCGAGGGUGAGUUUGGAAAGGUCAAGCUGGGAUGGAAGCGCGAUGGCAGUAUCCAGGUGGCAAUCAAGCUCAUCCGGAGAGACACGUUGGGGACCAACCCCAGCCGACUACCAAAAAUCUACCGUGAAAUCGCGAUUCUACGUGAGCUGGCACACCCCAACAUUGUGCGCCUCCACGAAAUGGUGGAAACCGAUCGCCACAUUGGUAUCAUCAUGGAAUACGCGUCAGGAGGUGAACUAUUUGAUUACAUCUUAAAUAAUCGAUAUCUCAAGGAUAAUUCUGCACGUCGACUGUUUGCUCAGUUGGUUUCCGGGGUUGGUUACCUGCACAAAAAGGGUAUUGUGCACCGUGAUCUCAAGCUAGAGAACUUGCUACUCGAUCGGAAUCGCAACAUCAUCAUUACAGACUUCGGAUUCGCCAAUACCUUCGACCCGGUGGAUCCUCUGGACGAGGAAAUCGAGUACAACUUGACCAACAAAGAAUAUGUGAAACGGAAGCGCCUGGACAAGAUUGGCGCAAAUGGGCUAAGGCGAGGCGAUCUUAUGCAGACCAGCUGUGGUAGUCCCUGCUAUGCAGCACCCGAGCUUGUCGUGAGCGAUUCUUUAUACACGGGGCGGAAGGUGGAUGUGUGGAGCUGUGGUGUGAUUUUGUAUGCCAUGCUGGCGGGAUACCUACCCUUCGAUGACGACCCAGCGAACCCAGAUGGCGACAACAUCAAUCUUCUGUACAAAUAUAUUGUGACCACUCCUCUCACGUUCCCGGAAUACGUAACACCACAUGCACGCGAUCUUUUGAGACGGAUACUGGUUCCCGAUCCUCGGAAACGUGCAGACUUGUUCGAAGUUGCCCGCCACAGCUGGCUCAGCGAGUUCUCGAGCAUUGUCUCUCAUAUCACAAGCAGCACGACAAACGUUGUGGAUAUUUCGAACACAACGAUUCCGUCUGAAACACAAAAGGAAGCACCGCCACUUGUCCGCAGUGCCUCAGUGCGCGAACCACCGAAGACACAUCAGACCAAUGCUACUGCCGUUGGUGGUUUGAACCAUCACGCUGGAGAUGUUUCUCAAGACCCCCCGCCCGAAAAGUCCAGGACUCCCCGCGAUGCCAAGCGUAGGACGGUACAAGUCGAAUAUGUUGCUCCUCAAUCACAGACGACCCGAGGAGAACCUCCGGUGGAGCCGUCUGCAUCACGGAGCAGAGCCCCGGCACCAUCGGAAGCCCAAGUUGCGGCUUCAGUACAACAGCCCACAGAACCCGCACACCAGCCUGCAGAUGCACCGGCACUCAAUCUCAACAAGCCACUUCCAGGACAUUUCCCAGGACAUUUCCCGCGCUCGACUUCGGACAACGUGGGACUUACUGGGUCUCAGCCGAAUACCAUCCCUCAAGGGCCUCGACCAGCCACUGGUGCAUCUAUGAACUCCCUUGGAAACACUGGUCGUUUGCCUUCUCGAGGCUCCUAUGGACAACCGGUGGCCCCCACUGUUACCGCAACUAAUACAGAAGGCCGCCUAGCACAGCCCAAGAGCAGGCAAUUUGCACUUGCACAGGAUCCUGCGCAGGCAUCGAGUACAUCUAUAGGUCGUCCAAGCACCCAGAACCAGCAAUUGCCUUCGACAUUCAAUACUACUCCUCGACAAGAGCCGCCAAAGGGACACAAGAGGUCUAAUACUGUCUCCAGCCUAGGCGAGAAGCUUUUCGGUCGUUCUGGUUCAAUAUUGGGUGGCCGUACGCAAUCUAAUGCCACUCGUACCAAGCAGGACAAACGUUACCCCCCUGUCAGCAUGAAGGAUCCUCUACCAAGAGAGAGCUCUAGAAUGUCUAUGGACUCCCGCCGCUCGAUGCAAUACCCCCACAACCGCAAGACGAGCGAGGCUGGCGCGGAAAACCGUCCUCGUCGAUUCUCGUUACUCCCACAAUCCUUCUCAUUCCGAGGUUUCUCUAAUACCCGGUCUCAAACCCCCGAAGAAACCUCACAAAUCCCUCGUCCCGUCGAUCCCCGUUCCACGCAACGCCCCGCCACGGGCCCGGGUCCGGCGCAAGGUCGUUCUCGGGCGACAAGCCAUGGCACUCAAGAUGCCAUGGGAAUAGUCGACGAGGGACCCGGUGAAGAUGUACACACCGAACCUGAGCCGCUUAGCUACGAGGCGCAGAUCGAUCGACAGUUUGCAGACCUGGGAUCUCAAUUUGAUCACCAGAGUGGUUCAUUCGGAGUUCCCUCGGCUGAGCAAGUGUACCAGAACUCCGCAGACCACUCGUCUAAGCCAAGCUACUACGAGGAUUACAACGGCCCGUAUGACAACAUGCCUAGGCAGUCGAUGCAGGUUGGUCGAUCAGGACGUGGGCCAGGUGUUUUGCAGAAAAACCACCGCAAAUUCGCCGACGCCUACGAAUAUGAGCGCGACGGGUCUCACCAUUCUGGCAGCUCUGGGGCAGCACGCAAAGUCAUGGACUUCUUCCGAAGACGUGCCAAGUCCCGCGCCGGUGACGACCGUUGA